UAACAAGAAGCUCUAUUUGAGAUUUAUUGUUUUGUCUUCCUGGAAACUACAGGAAACAAACCGUUUUACUAGCUGGGGAAAUCGAAAGCUAUGAACACUGCUGGGAGGAGUCCUAUUUCAUCACAACUCUCCCCAGGGAAACAGCACGAGGUCAGACAUCUAGCACUGCUCAAAUUAAGAACUCACUUUAUAACCAGUUUCCUGGUCUUCCUUGUUAUUUUGUAGAUACUACAUUUUCUCAGCAUUUAAUGAGAUUCCAACACCCUGCUGUGUACUUUUUUGAGAGAUUUAUCUUCCUACACAAAAUAGACAAGCCCUAUUUCCUGCUUUGCUGAGGAUCUACAAUCUGGACAUUACUGAGAAACUUCUGGGAGUAUUGUGCAUAGUACCUUCCAGAAUUAGAAAAUCUAUCCAAUAGGGACAAAAGCUUCCAGGAUUGUCCAUAAUAUUAGAGAUAAUGAGUGAGUACAAGAAAAUUGUUCUUCUAAAAGGAUUAGAGUGUAUGGAAGACUACCACUUUAGAACAAUUAAGUCCUUACUAAAAAAAGAACUACACCUGUCUGAAAAUAUACAAAAUGAGUAUGACAGAAUUCAGAUUGCCGACAAGAUGGAGGUGACAUUCCCAAAAGAUGCUGGACUCAACAAACUGAUAGAAAUUUGUCAAGAAAUUAAUGAUCUUAGAGAUCUUGUUGAAAAUCUUAAAAAAGAGAAGGCAAAAGUUAAAAAGCCAAAUAAAAGAAAAGUAAAAACUGCAAUGAAAAAAAGGAAGCAAGAGGAACCCAGUAGUUCCCAACCUCUUCCCACUGAUAAUGAACCAAACAAGAAUAAGCCCUCUUCAAAGAAAAAGAGUAAAACGCCCACAGAAACUGAAGGCGGCAAGAAAAGGAAGCAUACCCAGGAGCAGAGUCAGCUUCCAGAAGCUCCAGAAAGCAAGAUGCAAAAAGAUGAACAUUGUCUCCAGACUCCUCAUAAGCCUCCACCAAUACCACCCAGCAGUUCCUCCAAGAAGAAACAGAAAAGGACAAGUAUCAAAACCCAGAGGACUUUUAAAACAGAGAUUUCCCAGGAAGAACAGCAGCUUCCACAAUUGUCAGAAACCAGCAACUCCUCAGCUGCCAAUGAACUCCAAAAUUGUCGGGGACUCUUGACAACAGCUUCUAGCAGCCUUCAGACUCCUCAGACACCUCCAUGCCUUGCUUUUAAAAAGGCUCAGGGCUCUCCAGCACCACCCUGCCAGAAUUUUCUAGCAUCUCCAGUAUCAGACUCUAGCACCCAACUGACCCAGCCCAGUGGUGUCAAGGCUCCUCAGGCACCUUUAGUAACAACAUCUGAAAGUCUCCUGGCUUCAUAUAUGUCUCCACCAACAGCAUCCAAAAGUCUCCUGGCUCCAAGGGGGUCUCCAGCAACAGCAAUCAGUGCUCUCUAUGACGCUCUGGGGUCUCCAGCAACUACAAGCAGCAGUUCAUGCAAAACACCAAGGAGAAGAAACAUACCCAAGGAACCAUCUAAGGAAGAAGGUUACCAUCGAGAUCCCAAAGAAGUGAUGGUUUUGAAAGUAACAGAACCAUUUACUUAUGAUUUGAUUGAUGACAAAAGGAUGUUCCAUGCCACAGUAGUGACUGAGAAUGAAUUCUACAGAGUGAAGAUUUUUGAUCCAGUUCUAAUGAACAAGUUCAUUCCAAAUAAGAUCAUUGCCAUAUCAAAUUAUUUUGGCUCAAAUGGGUUUCUGGAAAUAUACGAAACUUCCUGUGUGUCUGAUGUAGACAAGAACAGAAAAAUGGAUAUCUCAAAAACACUGAGGAAAAGAGCCAAUGCGACUCCUAAAAUAAGGGAUCUUUUCUCACAGGCACAGGGGACAUAUGUGAGUGGAGAGUUUGUGGUAUAUAAGAAAACUGAGAGGGAUCCCUUCAUUUACUAUGGAAUUGAAGAUGAUACAGGGAAAAUGGAAGUGGUAGUCUAUGAAAGACUGACCAAUAUAAAGUGUGAGCCAGGCCAAAAACUUCGACUCGUCUGUUUUGAAUUGUCCUCAAGCAAAGAUAAAUGGCAGCUGAAGUCUGUAAGACACAGUUACAUGCAGUUUGUCCAUUUUUAUGUUUUUAUCCUGCCCAUAAUAUUAGGAAUAAUGAGUGUAUACAAAAAAAUUGUUCUUCUAAAAGGAUUAGAGUGUAUGGAAGACUACCACUUUAGAAUAUUUAAGUCCUUACUAAGAAGAGAUCUACACCUCUCUGAAAGCAUGCAAAAUGAGUAUGACAGAAUUAUGAUUGCUGACUUGAUGGAGGAUACAUUCCCAAAAGAUGCUGGACUCUGCAAGCUGAUAGAAUUUUGUCAAGAAAAUAAACAUCUUAAAUGUCUUGCUGAAUAUCUUAAAGCAGAGGAAGCAAAAGUUGAAAAACAAAAGAAAGGAAAGAACACAACUUCCGUGGGAGGAGAGCAAGGGGAGCCCAGCAGUGCCCAUGGUCUUUGCUCCAAUAAUGCACCCUCUUCAGAGAAAAAGGAAAAACAAACUUCGGAAACUGAAUGUGGCAAAAAAAGGAAGCUUAACCAAGAGCAGACUCAGCCUCUAGAACCUUCAGGAAGCAACACACAGAAAGAUGAAGGUUGUCUCCAGACUCCCGAGAAGCCUGCAACACCAUCCAGCAAUUCCUCCAACAAGAAACAGAAAAGCACAAACACCAAAAAUCAGAGUACUCUGAAGAUAGAUGAUUCCCAGAAAAAACACCAGCUUCUAGGAUUGUCAGCAACCAGCAAUGCCUCAGCUGCAUGGGAAGGCCAUACUCUUCAGGGGCUCUCAGCAAUAGCUUCUAGCAGCCUCAACACUCCCCAGACAUUUCCAGAAACAUGUGAAUCUUUAAAAAAGUCUCAAGGCUCUCCAGCACCACACUGCCAAAGUUUUCUAAUAUCUGCAGUAUCAGACUCUAGCAACCAUCUGAACUCUUCCGUGAGUGUCCAAACUUCUUAUGUACCUUCAUCAACAGUAUCCAGUAAUGUCUGUGUCCCUAGUGUGUCUUCAGAAACGGUGUCCAGUUCUCUCAAUUCUCCUCAGAUAUCUCCAGUAUCAGGGUCCAUCAGUGCCCAGAACCUUCACCUACCUACAACAUCAGCAUUCCAUAGCAUACAGACUCUUCACAAUCCUCAAACAGGAUCUGGAAGUGCCCAAAGCCCUAGAGUACCUGCAACAUUGAAAAGCAAAGCCCAGGGCACAAAGAAGCCUCCAGCAACAGGAUCCAGCAGUGUUCAGGUGCUCCACACUCUUCCAGGAGCAGUGCCCAGAAAUGUCAGCACCACUCAGGUGCCUCAAAGAACAACAGGUAGAAGCCUUCAGACUCUUAACCCUGCUAGGGUAAAUGUAGCUAGGAAUGCUCAGGUCCCAGGUCCUUUAGCAACAGUACCUGUUUAUGUCCUGACUUCUUUGCCAUCUCCAGCAACUGCAUCUAGUAGUCUCCAGGUACUUCCACUAACAACAUCCAACAGUCUUCCGGAUGGGGUGCCUAGACCAAUAGUGACAAGUAGAGUCCAGACCACUCAAAUGCAUCCAGCAGCAGCAUCCAGCUUCAUCCAGGCUCCUCAUGCUCCUCCACUGACAAUGCCCGGAAGUGUGUGCCCCACUCAAGGACAUCAAGGAGUAGCAUCCAGUACUGCUCAGGCUCUUCCCUGUCCUAAAGUAGAAGCACCUAGGUGUGCCCUGACUCCCCAGAUGCCUUCAGCAACAACAUCUGAAAGUCUCCCAGCUCCACCAACAACAUCCAAAAGUCUCCCAGUUCCAAUGGUGUCUCCAGCAACUACCAGCAGCAGUUCAUGCGAGGUAAUGGCUUCCUACUCUCACAGUAUAAUGACAAAGAUUAUCACAUGCUUUACACCAAGGAGAAGAAACAUACCCAAGGAACCAUCUAAGGAAGAAGGUUACCAUCGAGAUCCCAAAGAAGUGAUGGUUUUGAAAGUAACAGAACCAUUUACUUAUGAUUUGAUUGAUGACAAAAGGAUGUUCCAUGCCACAGUAGUGACUGAGAAUGAAUUCUACAGAGUGAAGAUUUUUGAUCCAGUUCUAAUGAACAAGUUCAUUCCAAAUAAGAUCAUUGCCAUAUCAAAUUAUUUUGGCUCAAAUGGGUUUCUGGAAAUAUACGAAACUUCCUGUGUGUCUGAUGUAGACAAGAACAGAAAAAUGGAUAUCUCAAAAACACUGAGGAAAAGAGCCAAUGCGACUCCUAAAAUAAGGGAUCUUUUCUCACAGGCACAGGGGACAUAUGUGAGUGGAGAGUUUGUGGUAUAUAAGAAAACUGAGAGGGAUCCCAUCAUUUACUAUGGAAUUGAAGAUGAUACAGGGAAAAUGGAAGUGGUGGUCUGUGGAAGACUGACCAAUAUAAAGUGUGAGCCAGGCCAAAAACUUCGACUCGUCUGUUUUGAAUUGUCCUCAAGCAAAGAUAAAUGGCAGCUGAAGUCUGUAAGACACAGUUACAUGCAGGUCGUCAAUGUUGGAAAGAAAGUCACUCAAGCCUGAUUCAGAUCAGAAAACCUGGAUGCCAAGGAUACUGUUUAUGGAGAUAAGAUACAAGUCCAGAAAAUACAUGUAUACAUGAACUGUUGAAAUACCAAACUUUGAAAUCCAGCUUCUUUUGUUUUGAUUUUUCAAGACAGGAUUUUUCUGUUUAGUCAUUGUUGUCCUGGAAAUCACUUUGCAGACCAUUCUGGCCAUGAACUCAGAGAUCUACCUGCCUCAGCCUCCUGAGUUCCAGGAUUAAAGGCCUGGACCACCACCACCAGACCUGCCCUUAAUUCUAGGAAAUAUUGGUUUCUUUUAUUGAUUAUACACAUUUAAUGUUUUAAGUUCUAUGUUUUCUAUCAAUAUCUUUAUACUUAUUAAUUUAUAAGUUUUACAUAUAAAACUUAAAAAUAAAACCACAUUUUGAUAAAGAAAUUAU